UGGAAUCGAUCAUAACUCUACCGUGAAUUAUGAAACACAUUUUGGGUAGAAGAGUUAAAUGCGUGGUGAUACAGUACAAAACGCUUCUCGUCGCCCCAUGAGAGUUUGAGGUGGGCCCAUUCUCGAAAUUUACUAUGUGGAAUGAUCGUUCAUGGAACGGUGGUUUCCCCCCUCGCGCCACGACCGGGUUAGUAUGUGGAACGACGGUCGAUCCCAGACCUGAAUACUGUUAGGCGGCGCCAUUCUACAGAAAAUAAGGGUGCUAGGUGGUUCUGGAUUCUGUGCUAGUCAUAUAAUCCGGGCAUGGAACCGUGAUAACAAGCCUCUUGGAUAGGGAACCAUAACAGGACGUGACACCCUGACCAGCAACUCGAAGGUUGACUCGAGCGAACUACGGCCAUACACUCUCUCCACUUUGAUUCUUCCGGGGUCAGGUUCAAUUUUGGGCAGCCUCGAGACGAGAACCCCGAGACGAGGUACACUAGGUACUGACAGGGAUUUGCCGAGCCACCAUUACUCGCACAAGAUAUGACCCAUGUGUGCAUUUUGAGGAGGGAAGCUUGUGGAGACUGGGGAAAGUAAAUGUAUGGGGAAAGCUAGGUAUCUAAGCCGGGGUCUCCUCGAACUAUAAAGCAUACUAUAGACCUGCCAGAGAGUGAUCUAGGUAUUCACGACCUGGAUCGCCAGUUUGUUCAAGGCGUUACCUCCAUAUUCUAACCUCAAUCAAACAGAGGUGCUGGGACAUAUAAGCAGCAAGAUGCUUCAAAACGGAAGAUGGAUGCUGGCUUCGCAUCUCAAGAAGCGAGCACUUCUCACCGCCGUCAACAUGUUCGCGGGCAUGUCCAUUUUCUUUUUUGGUUACGACCAGGGAGUUAUGGGUGGCGUCAAUAUCUCCAACGACUACAUCAACGUGAUGAACCUUGGGUACGUCGACGACGACGGUACGAUCGUUGUAACCCGCAGCUUUGUUCAAGGUGGCAUCGUCUGCGUCUUUUACCUCGGGACCCUUGUGGGCUGCUUGGCGGGCGGCGCGGUCGGAGACAAAUACGGAAGAAUUAAAACAAUUGCCAUUGGAGCCGCAGUGGCCAUUAUUGGUGCUUCGUUCCAAUGCUCGGCACAAGGUAUAGACUGGAUGAUCGUGUCACGCGUGGUAACGGGCUUCGGAACUGGAAUGUUGAACGCAAUUGUCCCGACAUAUGCUGGUGAGGUGGCAGACUACACUUCUCGGGGCCAAUUCAUCGCCUUGGAAUUCACGCUCAACAUCUUCGGCGUCGUUGUGGCCUACUGGCUCGGGUACGGAGUAAGCUUCGUCCACGACGGCGAGUCUCCCCUUCGAUGGCGCUUCCCCAUUGGGUUUCAAAUCAUCCCACUGAUCGGCUUACUUGCUGCUUGCUGGUUUUUCCCAGAGUCGCCACGGUGGCUCUGCAAAGUUGGUAGAAACGACGAGGCGUUCUUCAUUCUCCAGUGCCUACGCGGCGGUACAUCAGGAGAUGGCGGUGUCGCGGCCAUCGAGCUACGAGACAUCCAGAAUGUUGUCGACAUGGAGAAACAUGAAGAACACAACAUUACUUAUUUCAGCAUGUUCUUUGGCACUGGCAGAGGUAGCUUGCAUAUUACUCGCCGCACUCACCUGUGCAUUUGGCUUCAGAUUAUGCAGAGCUGGACCGGCAUCUCGGGUGUUACUAUGUACGGGCCUACCAUCUUCACGAUUGCAGGCUUCACCGCACACAAAGCACAAUGGCUAUCCGGACUUAACAAUGUCCUGUACAUGUUGUCUACGUUCAUCUGCGUCCUUACUCUCGACCGUAUCGGUCGUCGCAAAACGCUGUACUGGGGCAGCGUUGCUCAAGGUAUCGCUAUGUUUCUCGUUGGAGGUCUGUCCGCUGAAGGUCUCAACGCAACCACUGAAGGCCGCUCUUCGGUGGCCAAGGCCUAUGGAGCAGCAGCGGCGGCGAUGGUCAUUCUCUACACAUUUGUUUUUGGGGCAACUUGGCUGACGGUCCCAUGGCUUUAUCCAGCUGAGAUUUUUCCUGUUCGGUGUCGCGCUAUGGGCAAUAGUUGGGGUGUCGUCGGCUGGAGUAUUGGCUGCGCUACUUUGACCCUUCUCCUCCCGGAAAUGGUAAAAGGCAUCAACAACAAUAUGAUGUAUAUUUUUGGCGGUGUCAACUUUGUGACUAUCCCAAUCGUAUGGGCACUCUACCCGGAAUCCAAUCAACGCACCCUUGAAGAGAUGGACUUUCUAUUCUCUAGUCCCGAGCCAUGGGCUUGGGAGGCAGAGAAGGCGUUCAAGUUGGCCCGAGAACAAGGCCCUCCCAUUGGCCGUGGGACAAGCAUCGUAUUGAACCUCAGCAGACGCACGAGCACGGAAGCGAAAUGUGGUCUUCACGUGGACAACAUUGAUGAGACCAAAGUGUGAAAUCGGAUGAUCAGACUUCAGUAAUGCCGAUGAGAAGGGACGCAUGGGCAUAGUCUAGGUACUAAAUAUGCAGCAGCCUUGAGAUCUUUGCUCUGGCCCGCAGCCCAUGGACGGAGGAUUGAAAGUCAUAGUUCGAAAGGUCAUCUUUUUUAAGACAUUAUUCCCAUUUGAAUACUAUCCACCACAAGCACUGUGACACGGCUUGAAGUGGUUCUCUUUUGAAGUCUGUAGGAGAA